UAUUAACCAUAUAAGUAGAAUAUUAAUUACGUGUAGGAUAUUUUAUUUUAUAAAAAUGGAAAAUGGAAAAGACAAGCAAAAGAAAGUUGUUAAGCCCAACAAGAAACCUAUUAAUGCGAACUUAUGUUCUAAUAAAAAUGGUCAAGCUUCAAAGGGUGCUAUUCCAAAAAUUAAACCUUUAGUAAAACAAAGAGCAAAUGAUUUAUUGCACAAAAAGAAAGAUCUUUCAUCUGAAUCUAAACCUUCUGGCAUGAAUGUGAAUCAAGCAAGUGCACAGAAAACUGAAGACAAUUCAAUUGAAGUGGAUGUGCAGAAUACUAAAGAAAGACAAACAUAUGAAAAUGUUAUUUCAACUAUUGCAACUGCAGAUGAUCAGUUGAGAAAGUUAAGGGUUUUAUUGAAGAAAAGAGGAAAGGUUGAUGAACCUGUAGAAUUAUCACAAGAAAAUGAAAAUAAUCCAACUGAAAUAGCUGUACUUAGAGAUUUAUUAAAAAAUAGAGGAAAAAGGAACUCUGGGUUAAAUUCAUCAGAUAACACUGGGUUAAAUUCAUCAGAGAACUCUGGGUUAAAUUCAUCAGAUAACACUGUGUUAAAUUCAUCAGAGAACUCUGGGUUAAAUUCAUCAGCUGUAAAUAAUACUGAUGUGGAGAGAAAUGCUGAAGUAUCAAUGGACCAGUUAAAUUUGAUACCAGCUGGUGCUACAUUGGCAAACCGUAUACAGGCGCUCCAGAAAAUUGCAAACAACAUGGGACAUGGGACAUAUUAUAAUACAAUUGUACCAUGCAAUAAAGAAGAGAAUGAAAAUGAUUUCAAGGGUAUUGAAGAGUUAAAUUCAAAUUGCACUUUUCGAACUGUUGACAGUAAUACACAUAGUACAAGUUCUAGUACUUCCAGAUAUAAAUGCAACAUAUCUGAUGCAAGGGUCAUACCAAUUAAUUCAGUCAAUAAUACAGACAGAAAGCAAUUCAGAAUUGGCUGCUCCUGCAAGCAAUGUAAACACUUUAACAUUAGUACGUUUGAAGAUAUGUUUGACCACACUACUAAUAGGACUCCAGAGAUUAAUGUUCCCUCAUAUAUGAAACAUUUUAUCAGGGACAGUACGACAGAAUAUACAUUUUCCACUAUUUACGCGAAAAAAUUCGAUUCCUCGAUGAGAUCGAAAGGAAAAUCACGUCAAGUGCUUGCACAUGGUUUACAUCCACCGGUUAUGGCAGAAUUGUUCCAGGAGAUUCCGUUCGAAAAAUCUGUUUACAGCUCUUUGCAUCAAUUCAACUUUAAAGAGUUGAAGCCUGUUCAAACAUUCGCUCUUCCUGCUAUUAUGAACAAUUCCCAUGUUUGCAUGGUCAGUGGAAAUAAAAGCGGGAAAACUAUAGCUUAUAUUUCUGCCCUUUUCUCGUUUAAAAUGGACGGUAAAAUGUACGCAAAAUUACCAGAUAAAGAUGGUCCAUUUAGCAUUGUUCUUUGCUCUAAUUCAAUCAAGGUUGAAAAUAUCCAUGAUAUGUUCAAGAAUUUUUCCAAAAGUAAAGAACUGAAGAGCAGCUUUAAAUGUUCCAUGGCCUUCAAUUUGAUCGACACGAAAAUGUCGAAAAUCAACAAAAAUGCCGACGUGAUGGUGGUAAACCCUAGCUCACUGAUUGUUUUAUUGAAAAAUAACAUCAUUACUUUAAAACGUUUGUGUCAUAUAAUUAUUGAAGAUCUCGAUAUCAUAGCCAGAGACUACAAUAAGACUUUGUUGAGCAUAUUUAAAUUGAUUAACGAAAUGUUAAGUCACCGACGUGGCGACCAGUCGGUACAGUUUAUCAGUACAGCUGAGAAUUGGACUAUAGAUUUAGAGAAUACCCUUAAAAAGUUGUACAAGUUGCCAUUAAUCUGCAUUGCUAAUCCUAUACAAGCUGCUGCUUAUGGAACUGCAAAUAUUCAACUUAUUGAAGUAUCGGUAAAUAAGAAAGCAACGAAGGUUGUCGAAAUUAUUCGUGACCUAUCGCAAAUACAGAAAUCUUUGAUUGUAUGUGAUAUUGAAGACAUUGAGACAAUUAGAAAGGAAUUCCGUGCAAAUGAUAUGGAUAUCCUGUGCAUCGACGAAUCUAUGAAUUCGGAUGACAUAUACGAUAUAGAGAAUAUUUGGUGUAGAAGGAUCUAUAACACUAAUGCUGUGUUGGUUUGCACAGAUCAAAUUUUGUCUGCAAACUUGUGCAUCAGAGAUGCAUGGCUGUUGAUUAACUAUUCUAUACCAGAUACUUGGAGCACCUUUACAAAAAGAUUUGCGUAUCUAAUUGAUCACUAUAAGAGCCCUUUUGAAUUUAAAAAUCGUUGUUACAACUCUAAAAUUAUAACACUGAUCGAUGAAAAUGCGUUUAUGACUUUUCCUAGGAUAAACCAUUUUUUCGAAAGCAUGGGAGCAACUUUACCAACUAGAUUAAUAACAGCUGCUAAAGAAUAUAGAGAGAUGGAGGAAGAGGGUAAGGUUGUUGCGAAUGUCAAAUUGUGUAAUGUUUUGAAAACAUUUGGCAAAUGUAAUAUUUUGAAGUGUAGUGAUCGACACAUAUUGAACAAAAAAUUAGACGGUCCGAAUCAUCCGUUCUCUACAACUAUGGGAAAGCUAAAAUAUAAAAUCCUUGAAAUCUUGAACAUUAAUAGGUUCUUAGUAAGACCAGUAGAAUAUAUUGAUUGUGAUAACGUUAUUCACGAUUUAGAAGCUCCGAUCCAAAAUAUUUCAGAUGUAUUGAGUAGUAUUAAAAGCUACGAUAAAUCUACAAGUAUUAAAAUACGGGGUAAUUACGUUUAUAUCGAAGAAAGUAAUUGCAUCAGAUGUGUUGUUAAUAAAAUAGUAACCAUGGAUAGUAUCACCAAAGAACCAAUCUUAGUUGAAAUUCAAUCUUUAGAUUUUGGAUAUCAAAAAGUAGUUGAUAGUAAUAAACUCAUGAUAAUUCCAAAUGUAUUGAACAACGUUCCACCUUCUUAUAUUGAAUUAUGUAUUGGAAAUUUGAUUCCAUCAAAUAACGAGCCCGAUUGGAAUUCUUUAUCAAUAAUGCAUAUGGCUAUGAAGUUGAAUACUGAAAAAUACAAGAAUAAGAAUUACUACUGCCUCGACAAUAUUCUACUGCAAAUCGGCAACACCAUCUGGGUGGAGGACUUACACCUCAACGUUAAUCUUGCUAAUGUUUCCAAAGAAGUUACACUUUUUAGACUAAGGAAAUUUGUCGAAGAAAGAAGAUUGGCCAACAUAAAUGAGGAAUCGAUGAUUGGAUUGUACGCAUUGUGCGAGAAAUACGGUUUGCAAUUGCCUAAAUCUCGAAUAAUCGUAAAGAAAAUUUUGAAAGAUACGCAAAUUCAACCUCAAUGGGCACAUCUAUCUGACAACGAGUUCAAUAGUGUUUACUUUUGUAGCGGAAUUAAUCCGAAUAGGUUCUAUGUUCGCCUGAGCAAGCAUACGAAACUUUACAUACAAAUGCAAAAAGAUAUUCAAAAGGAGAUUAAAAGUGCACCAUACUUAAGUUUAAAUUCGAAACAAAUUACUGUUGGUCAUUGUUAUUUGGGAAUGGAUCCUAAUGAUUCUGAAUAUUACAGAGUAAUAGUUCAAGAAAUCAAAGGAGACAAAGCAAAUUGCGUUUUUGUGGAUGAUGGAACAUUACUGAACAUACCAUUAACUGAGCUUAAACAUUUGUCAAAUCAUUUCAUAUCAAGAUUACCGUUUCAGGCGAUUGAAUGUUCAUUGUAUGGCAUUAAACCAUGCAAUUCCGACUGGACGUGUGAAGUAGAUGUGCUAUACGGUUACUGUCAAGAACCGCACAGUGAUUAUUACAGAAAAUUGUAUUCUUUCACCAAGCAAACUGAUAUUGGAAAGUUCAAUGCAAAUAGCAGAUAUGAAAUAAUACUUGUUGACUGCAUGGAAGGAACUACAAUCCUAAACCAACUAUUUGUAGAUAGUGGAUAUGGUACUUGUAGCAGAAAUGUAACAUUCGAUAUUGAUACAAAAGCAUUGUACCUUAAACAUAAUGGUUGUCGCAGUGAAGAUGCUAAACAUGAAGAAAGUAAUAUCGAUCAAAAUGAUGAAAUGGAUGACGAUGAAUGGGACUUUGAGCUAUUUGAUGCUGAACAGUUCUUCAAAGCUCUAACAGGUCAAAUACAUGGUGACAUACUAACUUUGAGUCAUAGCGAAAAUAAACAAUCUGUUGAGGUUGAUAAUAGUCCUGUACCUACAACUUCUGGCCAUUGCCUCCCAGACAUUCUCUGGUAUCAAACAUCAAACAGUAUUCGUCUUGAUAUUUCUUUAAUUGAUGUUACAGAUUACUCAUUGACUUUGGCAGCUGGUAGAUUGUUAAGUUUCCAGUGCAUGCAAAAUGGCAGAGAUUACAGAUUUUCCUUCCAACUAUUCGAUAAAGUUCAAAAAAAGUUUGAGCAUAAAGCUAAAGCUAGAUAUAUUAAGGUUAAAUUGACUAAAGUUAAGGAAAUCGAUUGGCCUAGAUUAAUGUUCUUAAAAGAUAGAAUGAGGAACAUUAAGUAUAAUUUCAACAAAAUUUACAUUGAGGAGGACGUCGAAACGAAGAAGACAUUUUUAGAUAUUGGGAAGACGGAGGAAGAUCUUAUUAACAACGACGAAGACGAGGAACAAGAUGACAAUACUAAUUUAGAUGUUUACGAUAGUUUCUCAGAUACAGAUUCGACAGAUUAUGAAGAAGAAACUAACUCUGAUGCAGAGUAGGCUAAUGGAAAAAAAGAAAAUAACGUUACUUUUUAUACUUUUAUUUUUGCCUCUUUGGGCCACCAUAUUUUUGUACUUUUCUAUUAUAUUUUAAAUAUUGUUAAUUGUGUUUAUACUGAAAAUGAAGUUUUAAGUUCUUCA